ACUUCCGCUAAGGCGCUAACCGCUGUUUUUCGUGCUAAAACCCUUCCACCUCUCUCUCUCUCUCUCUCUCUCUCUCUGUCUCUAGUCUCUACUCCAAAACCCAAAUGCCGAGCGCCUAUUGAGCUAGACUAGAGGCAACUGGUAGGUCAAGCUUUGCUCUAAUGGCGUCUCUCUCUUUUACCCAAUUUCGAUCCAUUCCCAGGUGGAACUAUAAAGCACCAGUUUUAGCAACUGUAGAAUUCAUGCUAGUUACAGAUCAUAGAUUACAGAAUAGAUGUGUUUUGUCAGAAACAUCUAAAAAAGCAAUUGUGGCAUCCGUAGUACAAGACGAGGGACCCAAUGAACCUGAGGGAACAAAAAAGACUAGGACAAGGCGAACCACCACACGAGGUAGAAAGAAGGCAACUACUGAACUGCAGGAUGGUGAUUCUGAACUAACACUCAGUGCUUCUGCUUCAGAACAGGAGAUCUCUGAUCCGGAGGCAUCGAUUAGUGGUUCUGAGAAACCUAAGAGAAGAACUAGAAAGAAAGUGCUUCAUACUGAAAUGAAAUUAUUUUCAGCUGUGUCUGCAAUCAGCACAGAGAAAGUGAAGACAGAAAAAAAGCCGAGGGGGAGGAAGAGAAAGGAAGAGACCAGUAAGGUUGAUGAUGACAUAAGUGAGACGGAAUUCAUUAAUUUGGAAGAGGUAGUCUACCUAGCAGAUGAAGAAAAUGAGGAUGACAACAUAGAUUUAAAUUUGGAAAAGUGUAAUGGUGAGGAUAUUGACUUCACAUAUGGUUGGCCCCCUCUUGUUUGUUGCUUUGGAGCUGCGCAGCAUGCAUUUGUGCCAUCAGGAAGGCCUGCCAAUCGGCUUAUAGAUCAUCAAAUUCAUGAAGCACUUAAAGAGGCAUUGUGGGCACCAGAUAAGUUUAUUAGGGCUCCUGGAGGUUCAGCAGGGGGUGUUGCAAUAGCACUAGCAUCCUUGGGCGGCCGAGUUGCUUUCAUGGGUAAACUUGGGAAUGAUGAUUAUGGACAGACAAUGUUGUACUACUUAAAUGUUAAAAGUGUUCAAACACGGUCGGUUUGUGUUGAUGAUAAAAGGUGGACAGCAAUGUCACAAAUGAAGAUUGCUAAGAGGGGUGCUUUACGAGCGACAACUGUCAAACCUUGUGCAGAGGAUUCUUUGUCAAAAUCAGAGAUAAAUAUUGAUGUGUUGAAGGAGGCAAAGAUGUUUUACUUGAAUACAUCUUCUUUGGUUGAUGCUAACAUGAGGAAAACAACUAUGAGGGCACUCAAGAUAUCAAAGAAAUUAGGGAGUGUCAUAUUUUAUGAUCUGAAUCUCCCAUUGCCACUUUGGAAAUCUGGUGAAGAAACAAAAUCUUUGAUUCAGCAGGUAUGGAGCCUUGCAGAUGUCAUUGAAGUAACGAAGCAAGAACUUGAAUUUCUUUGUGGUAUGAAUCCUCCAGAGGAGUUUGACACCAAAAAGAAUCAGAGAUUUAAGUUUGAGCAUUAUGAAGCAGAUAUUAUAGCUCCUCUAUGGCAUGAAAAUCUAAAAGUUUUGUUUGUGACAAAUGGGACUUCAAAGAUACACUAUUACACCAAGGAGCACAAUGGUGCUGUACUAGGAGUAGAAGAUGCUCCAAUGUCUCCUUUCACACAGGAUAUGUCAGCAUCUGGAGAUGGCUUAGUGGCUGCUCUGAUGAGGAUGUUGGCAGUUCAACCACAUCUUAUUACAGACAAAGAAUAUUUAGAGCGCAGUGUGAAAUAUGCUAUUAAUUGCGGAGUCAUUGAACAGUGGAUUGUAACUCGGCAACAAGGCUACCCUCCUAAGGUAGGCAUUGAAGAAGAUGAAGAAGAAACCAUUCCUGACCCGAGUGGCAUCAGGUCUACUACUGAGAGAGAGUUCCGCACUAGAAUGCCUGUUCUCUGUUGAUCGAUCAUCUUAUGUAGAGAUUUCUUUUGUUAGCUUAGAAAAUAUAAAUGAUGGAACCUUCUUUUAAGGUUAGAUUUAGAAUCAUAGUAUGUGUAUUGUUUCAACACUUAUCAUAGUAUAAGUCUAAAUUUUGGUCUAGGCCAUUUGGAUUAGCUCUUGUUAUCAUAGUACUUGGAUUUGUAUUGUUUGACUGCUACUUUUUUUUGGUUAACGGGACUGCUACUUAUGUUAUGUAUAACCGGACUUUUACCA